AUGGCUCUACCACCCUGCCACUGCUUGGUGCAAUUCUCUGUAGCUAAUGAAGAAUUAUCUUGUUUACUGUAUCAACGAAGUGCAGACAUGGGUCUUGGAGUGUCAUUUAACAUUGCCAGUUAUACCCUUCUCACGUAUAUGUUAGCACAUGUCACAGGUUUGAAGAUUGAACGUAUACCAAAGCCAUUUCCCAAAUUGAAUAUUACCAGGUUAGCCCAAGAUAUUGAUCAAUUUAAGCCUGAGGAUUUCGAGCUCAUUGAAUACCAUAGACAUCCAAAGAUCCAAAUGGAUAUGGCUGCAUUGUGGAGCAAGCCAACCAGUCAAAAAUUGGUGGAUCAAAAUUUGAAGGUUGACAUCGAACAGAUCGAAAAUGGUACUCCGUUGCCAUAG